AUGUCCUACCGCAACUUUGGGCCCCAGCAGCUGGCUUGCCCACUCGACCACUGCAAAUCUCUCAAACUGUUAGGUGGUAGUUACACUCAGUCCAAAUUUAUACCAACGCUUCGAGAGCAAUUCAACGGAGGUCACGGCAGGAGUGGAGUCCACCUCAGCGGUGACACCGGUUCUCGCAGUGAUGCCUACUCUGAGAUGAAGUCAGCUGUGCCAACACCCGACUGCCUGCUCUCCUCUCCAUACACAGUGUCUAACUUUAGCAUUCAUGUGCUCGGAUGA